AAGCUGGAGUGAAAGCUUCUCACAAGAUACCACCAUAGAUACGAAGAUGAUGAUGAAGUCAAGAAGAGGUUUUGCCAACCAGCUGUUGCUGGUGUUGACUGUGUUGAUUAGUUCGUCAUGGACACCGCUCGUAUCCGCAUUUGUGGUUCCUUCCACCGCUGCGAUCAACCACCAGAGCAAUCCGGUCCUUUACGGGGUUGUGACGACGACGACACAAUUGUCCCAAUCCAAAAACAACAACGACAACAACCGAAAGGAGCCAUAUUCCAAGGUUGAUGAUGGCGCCGGCCGUGGAGUCCCCAUUCUCGUCAUUGCCUUGCUAGCAUGUGUUUGGUGUUUUACCGUGCCGCCGGAAUUUCGACGGGCUUAUAUUUGUUCCGAUCGAUGUGCGCUGGAGGAAAAUCGAGCGGCGCCACAGUGCAACAGCUGUGUCACGGCGGAUGAAUGGAGGUCGGGUAUCGCGGAAUACUACGCCAAUGGAGGAGGCAUUCAAUGGGAUUUCUCCAUCGAUCCCAAUUCCAAAAUGAAAAUGUUUUGAAGCAUACAGAGAUGUGUGUGUGUGUAACAAGCGAGUCUCACUACGAAGCAGAACCAACAACCAUGCAGAAUGGAUAUACCGGUACAGAAUAAAAUAAUAGUUAGUUUGGUUACCACGGUUCUGGGCAGCCAUUUUCUCGAGCCCACUUUGCAAUAUCUGAAUUAUGAGCAUGACUGAUUGUUCUUCCAUCCCA